CACUAGAAGAACCAUUUUGUGAUGCAGUGAGAUUAAUUGCAAUGGACUUUUCCAAAGCAUUUGCCAAUGUAAAACACGCAAAACUGAGUGAAAAAUUGAAAUCAAGUUCUAUGAACCCUUAUUUAGUAAAUUGGUACUUAAAUUUCUUAAAAGAUCGAAGACAGAGAAUAGUUUUCCAAGGAACGACAUGCAAGUGGAAAGAUAUUAACAAGGGAGUUACGCAAGGAACUGUAACCGGACCACAUUUCUUUAAUUUAUUUAUUAUUGAUUUGGAGAUUAAAAACUGUUCCAACACCCCCCUUGUUAAAUUCGCGGAUGAUUCCUCAUUUUUGGUACCGAUUUUGAAGAAUACCCAAGAUUGUAGUUCUAAAGGUAUAGAUAAAUUAAAGGACUGGUCCGAAUCAAACUCUUUACCUUCAAAUGAGGGUAAAUGUAAAGAAAUGAUUAUAUUAAAGAAAGGACGAUCAGAGGAUUGUGUAUCACCAAUUUACGGUUUUGAACGGCACUCUAGUCUUGAAAUACUGGGGCUAACCUUUGAAAUGACAAGCAGAUUUGAGAAAUGUGUUAAGAAAAAUUUGAUGAAAGCAAAUAAAUGCUUGUUUGUAAUUCGAAAGCUGAGGAAUGAAAGAUACAGCCAAGACGAAUUAGAUCUUCUUUUUAGGUCACUGGUCCUGUCACAACUUACCUAUGGCUUAUCAGUUAUUGCUGCAUCACCACCGGAGUUAACAACUAUUCAAAACUUCUUAACUCGUUGUUAA